GCUUGAUGCUGUAAACCGACAUCUUGAGUGCUACUGCCGCUCGUCCAUCGCAGCCAUACACGAAGAUGGGUGAUGUAUCCAAAAGCACAUCAAAGAAGACAUCGCGCAUCCUGGCUGCGCUGGAUUAUUCUUCAAUGCUUGCUUCUUCCUCAAGUUCUCAAACCACUAUGCAAACAUCCCAAACUCUCGGCAAGCGCAAAUCGGAUACCCUUCCUGUAUCGCCAGUGAGGAAAGCACAAACCAUCCCAGAUAUGGGUCCCGUAAUUCAUGGACCACAGUCCCCUUUUAACAAGCCUGUAUACGCGACUUCUGCCAACAUUGCUAGCACUUCAUCACAAGGCGCUUCGUCUGGAGCUGGCGGAUCUACAACAAGAACCAAGGAUGAAAUUAAAAGCAAGCUCGUGACAUCAGGCUUUUCUUUGAGAUACGACGCCGAAACCCCUGUUAGUCGCAUCGACCAAGGAGGCCCUGACCAAGAACAGAGAUUGGCAGAAUUUGUUUAUAAUUCUAUUGAAAACCUCGGGGACAGGCGCUCCGUUAAGGAUGCUAUCCAUAACCUCGGUCUUCAAAGCGACAAGGAUCUCCUCCCUGGUCUGGAAGUACGCCUUUUACCUCACCAGCUCAUUGGCGUCAACUGGAUGGUGGACCAAGAAAAAAGCUCCCCCUACCGGGGUGGCAUCUUGGCAGAUGAAAUGGGUCUUGGCAAGACCGUUCAAAUGAUCGCUACAAUGGCAGCCAAUAUGCCUAAGGACACUGAUGCUGUGAAGACCACCCUCGUUGUUGUUCCCUCUGCCCUCCUUCAACAGUGGAAAGAGGAAAUUGAGACCAAGUCGAACGACUUGUUUACUGUUCACAUCCAUCACGGUCGGGACAAGCUUUCGACCCUGAUGGACGUCAGAUCUAAAGAUGUCAUCAUUACUACAUAUCAAACUCUGAGCAUGGAGCUUGCCAUUCCAAAACACAUUGAGGACGGCGAGGAGCUAGCAUACCUCGAGCAGUACGGGGGGGUGCUUGGUCGCAUGAGAUGGUAUCGCGUGAUUUUAGAUGAGGCCCAGUUCAUUCGAAACAGAGGAACCCUUGCUAGCCGUAGUGUUGCCCUUCUCCGUUCGACUUACAGGUGGAUGCUUACAGGCACGCCCGUCACGAAUACUCUCGCUGACAUAUAUGGGCUUAUUCGCUUUGGGCGUUUUCGCCCUUGGAAUGACUGGGAGUCAUUCAAACAAUAUGUUGCAAAAGUGCAGCAAGAAGAUGCACCGCUUGCGGCAAUGCGAGCACAGGAGAUCCUGAAGCCCCUGUUGCUUCGCCGUACAAAGGAAGCUAGAUUGGAAGGAAAGCUCAUCCUUCAGCUGCCCCCGAAAAAUAUCGAGCUCGUGACUCUUGAAUUUUCAGCAGACGAGCGGCAGCUCUACGAUGAUUUCGAGAAGAAAAGCCACGUUCAAAUCAACCGGUUCAUCAAAAGAGGGACAUUGUUGAAGAAUGCAACCGCUAUCUUGGCGAUGAUUCUCCGACUUCGACAGCUGUGCUGCCACCCGAACCUAAUCCUGUGUCAUACAGAAGAACUUGAGGAUCCUUCCAUGCUCAUGUCCGACGACAAGGGAAGAGAGCUCUCGCGGGCGAUCCGAGCCAUGGGGCCGGCUUGGGUGAAUGAUGUCAAGAAGAGGUUCAUGACACGCGCGCUUGAGAGCAAUUUUCUCUCCUUCUCAGAUGAGGAGGGCGCAGAUGCUACGUGCCCUAUCUGCAAAGAUCUGUACGGUAAUAACACUGGUCGUGUCCUUGCCUGCGGCCAUGAGAUCUGUUUUGAUUGUAUGCUCAUACUCUCGGGCUCGCCCAUUGGCCACAACGGAGAGUUUGGUCAUGGAAAUGAGAAAGAAAAUCUUCGUGCCGAACGCGAAUAUGAAGCAGCAGCUACAAAAGGUCACCGACCUUGCCCCACGUGCAAGACGAUGAAUGACCUGAACCAAACCAAGGUGUUCAAGUCUAUUGCAUUCGAGCCAGAAGAAGAAGAAGUCGAGGAGGCGCACCGCGCUCUUAAGCGCGCCCGCCGACUUGCGCCUAAGAAACCUGUGCACCAGAGCAGAGAUUCAAGUGCAGAGUCAUCCGGCUCAGAAUCGGAAAUCGAGGUGUCAGCGCCCUCGCGCUUCAGAGGGGGGACGCCGGAACUCGACAGCUCCGACGAUGAUAUGCCUGAUUUCUCACAGUUAUUCGCGAAUAAGGGAAAACUCAAGAAGAAAGGGAAGAAGGCUGCGGGGAACAAAAGGUUGCGCCGGCAGUCUGACGAUGACGAAGUACUUGACUUGACUAUGGGCGAUGCGUCGGACCACCUUGAUGAUUCUGACGUUGAGUUUGGAAGGGGAUACGCUGUGCGGUCCUCGAAUCACACGAAACACAAGGAUGAUGGAAAAGGAAAGGUACCAAUGAAGGACACUGACGAAAAACCCGUCUCCCCAGGCAUAGAGAAGGCAAAGUUGGAAGAUACUGGCGCUCCUUCGCGUGCACUUAUCGCUAUGUGGCGAAAAGGUGAUUACGACCUCGAACCGAGUACGAAGAUGCUCUCCCUCAUCGAUUUUCUCCAAACAUGGGACGCGAGCGGGGACAAGACGAUCUGCUAUUCGCAGUGGACCUCGAUGCUCGACCUUGUAGAAACGCUGUUCUCGCGAUACGGGAUCCGCAGCCUGCGGUACGAUGGUUCUAUGGACCGAACGUCGCGGGAUAAAGUUAUCGUGAUGUUUAAGCGGCAUGAUGGACCUAAGGUCAUCCUCAUCAGCACGAAGUGUGGUAGUGUGGGCUUGAAUUUGGUCGUGGCAAAUCGCAUUAUCAACUUAGAUCUAUCCUGGAACUAUGCCUCCGAGUCGCAGGCAUAUGACCGCGUACACCGUCUGGGGCAGGAGAAAGAUGUUUUUGUAAAGCGGCUUGUUGUCAAAAACACGAUCGAGGAGCGAAUGCUCCGUCUUCAGGAGGUCAAAUCUGACCUUGCGGACGCAGCGCUCGGCGAGGGCACGGGAAUGAAGCUACAGAAGAUGAGUGUCAAGGAGAUCAAGACUUUGUUUGGGAUGAAGUCUUAGUCCGCAAGCGCGGUUAUAUCACGUUUCUAUUUCUCUCUGGUGAAAGUGCUCUGCGCACCUGGGCGUCCACUGCCAGCGCUGCGACUGCUUUAUUAUUCAUGUUCUCCUUGCUCUCUCCUUCGUUCUCGGAAACAGGUCGUGUACGCAUGCAUAACACCUA